CAUCUACCUGCGCCGGAAACAGCAUAAACCCGCCAUCAGCUCCAUCCAUCCAGCUGCGCUGAAAGUCUGACUGUUUUAGAUCUUUCUAGAUCCUGAAUUUAUCGUAGCUUUAUGUGACAGAAGGAGGCUAACAGGAGCUAGCUGUGUUAGCCACCGUUCUUCAUUUCGUCACUUCCUGUUGUUGAAACCCGCGGCGGCAGAAGAAGAAGCCUCAGAUGGAUCUUCCAGUGGGAUCUGAACCGAUGACUCUGGGCUCCCCCACCUCCCCUAAACCCACCUCUGGAGCUCAGUUCCUUCCAGGGUUCCUGAUGGGUGACCUGCCCGCCCCAGCCAGCCUGCAGCCCCGCCCCUUCAGCCUGAGCUCGCCCAUGGCGGACAGCCUGGGCUCAGGCCGAGGAGGAGGAGGAGGGGGGGGGUCGGCCCCGCAGCCCGUCGUCCCUACGCCAAAGGACAAGAGUGGAGCGCCGCCCGUUCGCAGUAUCUAUGACGACCUGGUCACCAUGGGGACACCCCUCAGUGCUAACAAGCAGUCCUUCCCAGUCAUGCAGACCCCCCUCUCUGGGCGCCAGGCCUCCACUCCAGGAACAGGCCUGCAGCAGAGCUGCCUCUCUCCGGCUCAGGUGGAUCCGUUCUACAGUCAGGGGGAGUCUCUGUCCUCUGAAGACCAGCUGGACCAGACCUGGGUCACCGUCUUUGGGUUCCCUCCAGCCUCGGCUUCCUACAUCCUGCUGCAGUUCGCUCAGUAUGGAAACAUCCUGAAACACACGAUGGCGUCUCCUGGUAACUGGAUGCACCUGCAGUACCAGUCCAGGCUGCAGGCCAGGAAGGCGCUGUCUAAAGACGGGAAGGUGUUUGGAGACGCCAUCAUGGUGGGAGUCAAGCCCUGCAUAGAGAAGAGCGUGAUGGGGAGCAGCGAGGCCGCCCCCCCCCCCCUCUCCGUCUCCUCCUCUGCCCUCCCCUCCACCCCUCGCUCUGCCAUCCGGCCGCUUAGCGCCUCCUACAAGAGCUCCGGCAGCGACUACCAGGUGGUGGCGGACAGACAGACUCCCAGGAAAGACGACAGCCUGGUUUCCAAAGCCAUGGAGUACGUCUUUGGCUGGUGACCAGAGGACGGCCUGAUGGGGGGGCUUUUAUUUCUUUUUUAAUGUCUUUGUCUCAAUAAAUUUAGUCUUUUAAAAUGA